AUGAAGUCGUUCAAGGCGGACGUGUUGAAGGUGGUGACGGAGGCCACCCACCAGUCGUUUGUUGCGUCCGGGUUAAAGCUCAUAACCGAGGUAAUCGGCAAUGUGGCGCCUGGUCGGCGUGGGUCGUCGCCGUCGGCCAAUGACGCCGACCCCGCGCAACGAAGGGAGGCCGACAAGCAGGGCCAGAAAAGGGCGGGCGGCGGAGAUGAUGCGGGGAGCAUGAAGCAGAGCAAGGGAGCCGAUGGGAGCCGCGGUGUCGGCGCGGUGGGUCCAGGCGGCUCGCGGACUCGAGGUGAGAGCGUGGUCGACCAGCUCAAGAAGAACGGGGCCAAGGUGAUAAGGUCGCACAGCAAGGGUGAUGGAAUCGGGAGUGCAGAUGGGGGCCAUGCCGACGAGGUUGCCGCGCAAGACGCUGGACCAUCAGCCUCGCCCCUGGUUGCUGAGAAGCCCCAUGGUCUGGCGAGCGGCGGGAAAGGCUUGAGCGACAAGGAGAUCCCAACCACUCAAACGGCGAUAGAUGGCGGCGCCAGAACCGUCAAGGGACCGUCUUGCGCCGGCGCCAACACGGACUCAGCCGGAAGCAGGCUCAAGCGCGACGCCGACGUCGGUAAACGAGGCGGCGGAGAAGGGCGUGAGGGCAGCGCUAGCCACCAGGCGGCGGGGCCGUUGAUCUUGCACGGGGCGUCGAAAGGCCACAACGACACCGACAUAGCUGCCAUCCAGAACCUGUUGGAAAGCGGUAAACGCCCCAGGCACCGCCCCUGCUUUGGCCAUCUUGGACACGACGCAUGUGGAGCCCUCGGCGAGUCCCCCCGGUGGUUCAGCGGAGCCAAAGACAACCACUGA